AGCGCAAAUGAAUAUUGUACGUUCAUGAGUUGUCAAAUUUUUCAGUGCGUUAGACUGAUGACAAUUUUUAAUUGAUUUUAAUUUAUUUAAUAAUUGAUGAAAAAUUCAACAACAGACAAAUGGCCUAUAAUUAUGAACAGAUGAGUUGGUCAGAGGUCAGAGACCUGUUUCGAAAAUGGCGUGAGGAUAACGAAAGGAAAAGUGACGAUAUUGUUCUGCUGUGGAAGACGGUGUUGGAGGAAAAGGCGAGUAAGCUGGGCAAUGAGAGGCAUUUGGUGUUGGAACAAGUUAUCAUUGCCGCAUUCGACUGUGCCCGCUUGGAUAUUUCCGAAAAAUGUAUCCGAGAAUUGUCACAAGAAUUUCCCGGCAGUUUAAGGGUUCAGAAAUACAAGGCCAUGAGAUUGGAAGCAUUGGGACGUUAUGACGAGGCAAAUGAUGUUUUGGAUGAUAUAAUCAGCAAAGACGAAACGAAUGCGGCUCCACGUAAACGGAAGAUUGCUAUUCUAAAGGCCAGAGGAAAGACAGGCGAAGCAAUUAAGGAGUUGUGUGAAUAUCUCAAAAAAUUUAUGUCAGACCAGGAAGCUUGGCACGAGCUGUGUAGUUUGUAUUUAUCAGAAAAUGAAUAUUCUAAGGCUGCAUUUUGUAUGGAAGAAGUUUUGUUACAUAAUCCACAUAGUCAUUUAAUUCAUCAACGUUUAGCCGAGAUUCGUUACACUAUGGGUGGCUUAGAAAAUAUUGAAAUAGCAAAGUCGUAUUAUUCCCAAGCAUUGAAGCUGAAUGCCCACAAUCUGCGAGCACUGUAUGGAUUGUAUUUGUGCUGCAAUCACAUAAUCAACUCGAAAGCAUCGGUGAAUAAGCGAAAAGAUGCCCAGAAAUUGGCCAGUUAUGCACUAGCUGAAAUACAGGCAAAGUCAAGCGUUGGCGAUAAAAAGACCCAAAACGAUAAAUAUAUCGGUGCCCUAGAAAAUGCAUUUGGAAAUUUAGAGUUAAAAUCAAAUUGACCAAGUCAAAAUUCGUGUUUUUUAGUUCAAUACGAAAAAUUUUGCAACUCAAAUUGAUUUUGUUAUUUACGUAUCUGGUUUGGACGGAUGAUUUAAGGUAAAAUUUGCUUGUUUAGUGGAGAAAGAGAUCCGUACGAAAUUGCCUCAAAUCAACCGUUCAAGACAGAUACGUAUACACAGCUUUACAUGCAAGGGAACUCUAAAGAAUCUUUCAUUUUUGUUCUUGUAGCAUGUGGCGUUUCUUUUGUGCUUGACAGGAUUUUUCAUGCAAAAAAUAAAAAAAGGAGAAAAGUCCUACUUAAUAAAGGGUGUAAGGGUCGGUCUUUUGUUCCAUGAUUUUCAUUUAUAUUGUUUAAGGUUUCUAAUAUUCCCAAAAUUCAAUUUUCCACUAUCAUAAUCCAAUGUUGGUGAUCGAUUUGAUGAUAAAAAAAACUGUUGCAAAAUACAUUUCAUUUCGCCUCUGAUUUCAACCAAUCGUCAAUACAACAAAACGUUAACGUUUAAUUUAUUAUAUUACAAGAAAUAAAGCAAAAUAUUUAAUCAAAAAUUA